AUGUCCAACACCGAUUUUCUCAGUCGAGCGAUCGACACGGUGCAUCGCGCUGUGACCGCCGACAAGGAAGCCGAAUACGAAAAGGCCUACCAACUCUACUAUCAAUCCCUCGAGUUGUUUAUGUUGGCUUUAAAAUGGGAGAAGAACCCCAAGUCCAAGGAGAUGAUCCGUCAGAAGACGGGCGAAUACAUGGACCGCGCCGAGAAGUUGAAAGCUCAUCUCUCCGAUGCCGAUGCGAAGCGUAAGAAGCCUGGCCUGGUCGGUGCUAAUGGCUCGUCGACAGGUGGAACGGGCAAGGGAAAGCAGAAUGGCGAAGAGGGUGUCGACGAGGAUAAUAAGAAGCUACGGAAUGCUCUCGCUGGUGCUAUCCUACAAGACCGACCGAAUGUCAAAUGGGACGAUGUAGCUGGACUGGAUGGCGCGAAGGAAGCACUCAAAGAGGCUGUAUUGCUGCCUAUUAAGUUUCCUAAUCUAUUCCAAGGGAAACGCAAGCCGUGGAAGGGUAUUCUACUCUACGGCCCUCCUGGUACGGGUAAGAGUUAUUUGGCAAAGGCGGUCGCUACAGAAGCAAACAGCACAUUCUUCAGUGUGAGCAGUAGUGACUUGGUGAGCAAAUGGAUGGGUGAGAGUGAAAGGUUAGUCAAGCAACUAUUUGCUAUGGCGCGAGAAAACAGGCCUUCUAUUAUUUUUAUCGACGAAGUAGACGCCCUUUGCGGUCCUCGAGGCGAAGGCGAGUCGGAAGCUUCCCGAAGAAUUAAGACCGAGAUGUUAGUCCAGAUGGACGGUGUUGGUAAAGAUUCAACAGGCGUGCUGGUAUUAGGCGCCACCAACAUCCCCUGGCAAUUAGACGCUGCUAUUCGAAGACGAUUCCAACGAAGAGUACAUAUCAGCCUGCCGGACCUUGCUGCAAGGACUACCAUGUUCAAGCUAGCCAUUGGAGAAACACCCACCACACUAAAGAACGAAGAUUAUCGAGAAUUAGCAAAGCUUGCUGAGGGUUAUUCGGGAAGUGAUAUUACCAUUGCUGUACAAGACGCCCUUAUGCAACCAAUACGCAAGAUUCAGCAAGCCACACAUUUUAAAGAGGUGCAAAAAGACGGCAAUACACUCGUAACACCAUGCUCGCCAGGUGACCCUCAAGCGAAGGAGAUGACCUGGGACGACAUCGAUCCAGAGAAACUACUCGAACCACUAGUAGACUUUAAGGACUUCGUAAAAGCUAUCAAGUCGUCAAGGCCAACAGUGUCUGGUGAGGAUCUCAAUCGUAAUUCGGAAUGGACCAAAGAGUUUGGAAGCGAAGGGAACUAG